AAAAUGGCUUCCACAAUUGUUUUUAAAAAAUUGUAUUUUUAUCAAUUUUUAAAUCAUUGUAACUUUUUUUGUAAUAUUUUAAUUUUACUGAAAAACGGUCUUCCUUUCUUCUUUAUAAUAAAAUAAAUAUGUUUCAUAUGUGUGCUAGGUACUUUGAGUACUUUAAUCGAACAGAACACAUAAAAUUGGAAAAACAUUAUUUUUCCGCAAAAAGCAUGCCAUCUAUCCAACCUAGUGGCAACGCCGCGGUGAUAGCUACCGACCUAAAAUUUGGCACAGGGAGCCUGGUGACGUGGUAGUAUCGGCCUGUAGCGUGCACCGUCCUUCUCGCAAACUAUAAACCACUUAAAUUUUAAGUUAAAGUCUUAUUCUACCGCUAAAAAAGAGCGGAUAAAGUUGCAAAAGUGGUGCAAGGCAAUACAAUAUAAUAUCAUCCCUUUUUUGUUCAAAUAAGUAAGCAUCUAUAGAUAUAAUAGAUCCAGACUGUUGCCAUCAAAUGAUUUGUUAGGUAUGGUUUUUGUUACAGAAUGAUGGAAACACCGUGUUUAUCGCGUCCUCUAUAGCUCGAAAUGGAGAUAUGGUUCUGAGUGCGGAAAAAAAUAAUAAUGGCAGAAUAAUCGAACGUUGCUAUAUACAAACGCACGCUGUUAAUAUAUUUCUUUUAAGCGAGACGACAGAUCAAAACCAGCUAAGUGAUUCUUCUUUUUCAUUGGGAAUAUCCCUGAUUAAUUCCUUGAACUUUGAAGGUGCCUGUCUUUUUUAAAUUGUUUUAAAUAUUUAGUUACGUGUUAUUCUCGCUGUUUUUAUUGUCUGUUGUUUAUAUUGUUAUUGUUGUGUGUUCUUUUUGUGUGUGUGAAGUUUGUAUUUUUUUCCCUUCAAAGUUCUUUUUAACUAACUACUGGGUAUGGGAUCUCAACAGAAGGAAUACUUGAAUUCCAUUGGGUAGAAGGAUUCCUGGAUUUUUAAGGAAAAUUUUCCCUCUGUAACUAAGGUGGAGAAUCCAAAAAAAAAUUACAAAGGGUGUAAUUUUUGCUUUGCUAAAUAAAUUUAGCCAGAGUUUUUUAGUUUUGUAUAGUUUUGUACAGCUUUUGCUUUCAGUAGGUUUCGAUUUGCUUUCUUUUAAUACAUUUAAAAAUUUGGCUAAGAUGUGUAAAAAAAAACAUGUCAAAAACAGAUUUAAAAAUCAGAAACAAAGAUUUGACUUUUUUUCCGACCGUACAACUGUCGCGCGCGCCAAAUCCACCAUUUCCCGAUUCCUUCGCUAAUGAAAGAAUCAGAUAUGAAACAAGGCUUCAAGAUUUGUUAAAUAGGAAUUAACAGUUAUCUGCUGAAAAAGGGCAGUCGGUGGUAAAAAUUGAAGACUUAACGUCUCGGUUAAGUAAAGUUGAAGCUGAGUUUCACACUUUUCAGGAUAGGAAUGAGACCUUGCAGUCUCAUUCAGGUUGUGGCACUUUGAAGGAUAAGGAUGUGUAUCUCACGGAAAUUUCUAAUAAGUUAGCAUCCACACAAAAAAAGUUCGGGACAGCCUCAAAAACCAUUAAAGGUCUACGUCAGUCUACUUUUCAGGCUAAAGCUUCUUUGUGUCGUUGUAGUGAGAGAGGUGACCACGAUCUCAUUUUUGUUAAGUCGUAUGAGGCCGAAAAUUCCUCCAUAUUUGAAGGUAUUUUUUUAACAAAAGAUGGAUGUCCCCUUAAAUAUAAGACUACUUUUGUCAACUUAGGCAGGUGUAGUAAGUCCAACUCAGAAUUGUCACAACGCAAGCUACGUAGGAGAUCCAACCUGUGCAUGCACGUGCUUAGUUUUGUUUCAGGUGAUGGGAAGGUGGAAGAAGUUUCGAUGUUUUUUUGAUGAAUCUGCUGCAGAAGAUCCCGUCUCUUGCACAUAUAGCUGCAGAGAUGUCAGAUCUUAAGACACGUAAUCAUGUGCGUUUUGAUGACUUUGGUGGAGAUAUUUGGAUUGUUUUUUGAGGGGACAAGGGUGUUUUAGUCAAACUUCAUCAUGGCCAUGCAAAAAUAUUAUGUGAUUAAAGAUACCAACUGUAAACAAAUCACUGCAAUCUCAUAUAAUCCUCUUAAACAUGAAGUAGUGGCUGGGUGUGAAGACGGUACAAUAAAGGCAUGGGAAUGUGUUGGUGAUCAUGUCGGUAGACUGACCCGUGUUUGUCAUGAACAUGAUGGUUGGAUCAACUGCUUUUUAUACUUGAGUGAUAUGAAGCUUCUAUUAUCUGCAGCUAAUGAUGGAAAAAUUAUUUCUUGGGGUCCUAAUAUGUUGCCAACAUCUAUCACAAAAAUAGGCAGUCCAAUAUAUUGCAUGGCAUGGAAUGUACGACGUAGUCAAAUUAUAUUUGGUUUAAAUGCAGCUCUAAAAGUUUAUCAUCUUAAAGAUCCAAUGAAGGAUGGGAAACUCAUCAGUAAUAAAGCCUUUGUGGCAACUGAUCACACAGACCUUGUCAAAGGAGUUGUAUGCCACGAAACAAGAGUUUUUUCUGUAGGAUAUGAUCGUAAACUGUGUAUAUAUGAUUCCUUUUCAUAUCCUGGAAAAUUUGGGUUAAAGCUGGUAACAUGUUUAUAUCCUGCUCACGAUGCUGGUAUAACAACUAUAGUUGUCGCAAGAGACAAUGAAAACAACACUUGGUUGUUUACCGGUGGAUUUGAUAAAACUGUAAAAGUUUGGUCUCAAGAUGGACAAAUUAUGCAUAAAUUUGAUGGCUUUAGCACAACAGUAUCAAGUAUAUGCUAUGUGGUCCCAGCAAAAACAAUCUGGAUAGCUGCUGGCAUGGCAGAUACACCAAUGUAUGACCCUAAGUCUGGUGAUAAUGUUUCGGAGUUUAUUGGAACAUUCCAAGAAAAAGAUCAAGAUACAGAAAGGCAAUUUCUAUCUUUGCUACAAUUUAUACCAGACUUGAAUCAACUAAUUGCAACAGACAGUCGUCGACAAAUACUUAUGUGGAAGUAUAAUCCAACUGGCUGCAUCACUGCUUUAAAACACAGAAACGCUGUGGAAUGUUUAACUUAUACUAAAAAGGUCCCACUGCUGAUAUUUAGUGGCGAUAGUGCUGGUCAAAUAAUGAAGUGGGAGAGAUUACAAUCAAAUACAUUUAUGUAUAGCAAAGAGAAUCUUCCACGGAGUGAAGCUGUUGCUCAACUGGCUGCACAAAUUGCUGAGAAAUAUGAUUGGGCUGCUACAGAUAAAAGUAAAAUUCGUGAACAGUUGCUCUGUAAAGGAAAUAAUCCAAACGAUGUGCAAGCUAAUAUUGCUGCAAUGAAAUUACUGUUUGUGGAGGAACUUGAUUUGUUGCUGGUAGCAUCAGAAGAUAGCAGCAUUUACGUUUGGGGUUUUGAUCAUGAUGCUGUAAAUAUAUUACAACAAAUGAAACCAAGCGAGGAACAACUUUCCAAUAAAUUUGCUUUUCUACUUCAAAACAAUACUGACAGAAACGAUAAUUAUGUAACAGACAUAAAAACGGAUUGCGAUUCGGUCACAAAUCGGGUGGCAGGAUUCGUAUGCAAGACAGUGUUUGCAGAGCACACGCAAUGUGUGACAGGGCUUGCUGUUGUUGGAAGGAGUGCUGGAUAUGAUACAACUUAUCUGAUAUCGUCAGGAUGGGACCGUAGAAUACUGUUAUGGGACCUCGAAAAAAUGAGAUUACAUGAUUCUUUUCGUAACAUGGACAGUAAACACGGUUUCGAAAAUGAAGAAUUGGCGGCUGAUGGUAUCAUAUUUGAUUUAGUAUAUUGCGCUCAAAGGAACGAAUUCGCUUAUGCGUCUUGCGAUAAGUUGGUUUAUAUUCGCCAGUUCGCAGAGCGUGGAUCAGAUAUGAAGCUAAAAGCGGUAUUACAAGGUCACGAAGCUGAAGUCACACAGAUACGAUGGAACGUUGUGCAUCAAAAAUGGAUCAGUGGAUCGGAAGAUGGAACAAUUAGGAUAUGGAGUGCAGACGGAUUAAGUUGUGAUUUGGUGUUGUCAGCUUAUGGUAGUGUGACAGCUCUCUGCGUUGACAUGGUAAAUGGAUGUGUUGUUGUUGGUGUACAGGACGUUAUAAGGGUAUAUGACAUCAAAGCGAAAAGUAUUGUCCAAACAAAUAUUGGACACUUAGAUGCAGUGAGGUAUUUGAUCCAUAUACCAGAACGUCAACAGUACGUGUCUGCAUCUUGGGACUGCACUGUCAGACUGUGGAAUGCUUAUAAAACAGUUACAAAACGACGAGCAUCAAUGGCUGAUAUCAAAGAAAAACAAAGUGAACAAACUCAAAGUGAAGAGAUUGAAGCAUCCGCAUAGGUUUAACUUUGCAUGGUUUCGGUUUUAAUUGAGGCAUAGUUGUUUUUACCUGGUAUUGUUUUUGACUUAUUUGCGCUUCUCCUUGAUUUCUGUACUAUUUAAAACAAUGUGAAAAUGGAAAUUCACCGAUUUUAUACAAGUGUCACUUUUAAGCGCCAAAUUCACCUUUUACUAACGUAUUUCAACUCACGCCCUGCACGAACGUUAGGCCAGCUUUGCUAUUAGUUUAGUAAUAAUUUUUUCACUGUAGUUAAAUAAUUUUUAUUAAGAAAAAACGACAGGUUGUAAAUACUGUUUGUAUAUAUUUGUAUUUAGUUUUAAAACAAAUAAUUUUAGAAAAAUACUUGCUUAUAUUGGAACGUAGACCUUUUGUAUGUAUACCUAAAGAUGAAUAGAUUUUAACUACAUUUUUACAGAUUUUAUUCAU